UUUUAUAGUGACCCCCCUCCUCUCUUUUACCAAUCUCCUGAAAAUUAUUCUCUCUCUCUCUCUACCGAUGUCCACCUAACCCAACGUACUGAAUUAAAGGAGAAACAGUCACAAUGUCCACCUGUCCCAACUUACUAAAUUAACGUUGGAUCAAACUGAAUAAUGACCUUUUCUUUUCUAUCUCGACGUGACAAGAUUGAUCAUCGGAUAGAAGAUCGUUCAACAAUUAUUACAAGCCAUUAAAAGGUAAACAAAACAAGAAAAGUGAGAGAUUAGUUCGUGCUUCUGCUUCUCAUAUAUGGCAGAACCUGAAUAUCAGUCAAAAUAUGUCCACAGUGGUGACAUCAUGACAGUCUUGACAAAGGAGGGAGUUGAGUUCCUUCUAUCUGGAGAAGACGAGGUACCCUUACCUUCCAGUGAUGGGAAGACAAUUUGCCUACUCUUUUCAGCCAACUGGUGCAGGCCUUGCAAAAAUUUUACCCCACAACUGGUGCAACUAUACAACAAGCUAAGAAAAUCUGGUAAAAACAUAGAGAUUAUCUUCAUUUCCUUUGACCGGGACGAGACUGGAUUCAGAGAGCACUUCAAGUGCAUGCCAUGGCUUGCAGUUCCUUUUGAUGUCAAUUUGCACAAGCGAUUGAGCACCUUCUACCACGUCGAUCACAUCCCAUCAUUCAUACCAUUGGGCUUGGACGAGAAAUCAAUUGAAGAGGACGCGAUUGGUUUGAUAGAAAAUUAUGGUGCUGAUGCAUUUCCCUUCACUAGGAAGAGAAAAGAGGAGUUGAAGGCUAUGGAUGAUGUGAAGCGUCAAGGAGGAAAGAUAGAAGAACUUCUUGGACACGAAGGACGAAACUACCUCAUUUCUGGAAGUGGUAGAGAGACAUGGGUAUCUGAACUCAUUGGCAAGACAAUAGGCCUCUACUUUGGUGCACAAUGGUGCCCUCCUUGCCACGCUUUCACUGCACAACUCAUGGAAGCUUACAAGGAGCUCCUCACCGCGACAAAUCAAUGCUUUGAAGUAGUGUUUGUCUCAACAGAUAGAAACAAGGAAGAAUAUGAUCUCAACAUGAGGGACAUGCCAUGGUUAGCUAUCCCAUUUGAGGACAAGGCACAACGAGACCUUUGUAGGAUCUUUGACAUCAAACAAAUUCCGGCUUUAGUCCUCCUUGGGCCGGAUGGGAAGACUGUCAACACAAACGGAAGGGGCAUCAUCGCCAUGUACGGUGCCAAGGCAUUUCCAUUCACGGAGUUGAGGACUGCAGAGAUAGAAGCAACCCUGAGGAAGGAAGGAGAUGGACUGCCUCACCAAGUAAAGGAUCCGAAGCACGAGCAUGUUCUUAAGUUGGACAUGGCUAAAGCAUAUGUGUGUGACUAUUGUAACAAGAAUGGGAAGUUUUGGGCAUUUUCUUGUGAUGUUUGUGAUUAUGAUCUUCAUCCAAGUUGUGUUGAAGAAACAUUUUAAGCACAUUAUUGAAGGGUUUGGGAUUGUAAAUAAUUAGUUGCCAAUUGGAUCAAUUUCAAGGAAAUUGGGUCUUGGUUAUGAAGAAGAACAACAUAUGACAUUUUUGCAGUGUUUGUCACUAUUUUGAUGGCACAUUAUAAUCAUCUCAUCUCACAUGAUGAUAGAAAUGCAACCUUUUUCUUUCUUCUCUACGCAAGAGAAUUGCAAACA